AUGGCUCAUCAUGGUCAACAUUUAAGCAAAUUAUUAGCAUCAUCAUUUAAAGCAGCCCCACCAAAUGGUAUGCCAGAAGUUGUUAUUUCAAAAUUAGAUGGUUUAGUUAAUUGGGCUCGUACUGGUUCAUUAUGGCCAAUGACUUUUGGUUUAGCUUGUUGUGCAGUAGAAAUGAUGCAAGGUUAUGCUGCUCGUUACGAUAUGGAUAGAUUUGGUGUUAUUCCAAGAGCUUCACCACGUCAAUCAGAUUGUAUUAUUGUUGCAGGUACUCUUACUAAUAAAAUGGCUCCAGCUCUUAGAAAAGUUUACGAUCAAAUGCCAAAUCCACGUUAUGUAGUUUCAAUGGGUAGUUGUGCAAAUGGUGGUGGUUAUUACCAUUACUCAUACUCUGUUGUAAGAGGUUGCGAUCGUAUCAUUCCAGUUGAUGUUUAUAUGCCAGGUUGUCCACCAACUGCCGAAGCUUUCGUUUAUGGUAUUUUACAAUUACAAAAGAAAAUGAGAAGAGAACAAAAUCUUUUAUCAUGGUGGAGAAAAUAA